AUGGAGCUCUUCACGCUGCCAUACUACUCGUACCACUUGGCCCUAUGCAUCUUGUUAGCUCUCCUCUACCAUGCCGUCCUACGCGCCGCCGCCGCCGCUGCCACCAGGCGUCCCCGCCCGAAGCUGCCUCCCGGUCCGUGGCAGCUUCCCAUCAUCGGCAGCCUGCACCACCUGUUGCGCGGGCUCCCACACCACAUCAUGCGCGACCUCUCCCUCCGCCAUGGCCCGCUGAUGCUGCUCCGCGUGUGCGAGCGCGAGGCCAUCGUCGUCUCCUCCGCCGAGGCCGCGAGGGAGAUCUACAAGGGUAACGAGGCCGCCUUCUCGACGCGGCUAAGCAGCCCGGGCAUCGACGAGCACUCGAGGCACGGCCAGGGGAUCGUCUUCGCGCCCUACGGCGACCACUGGCGGCUUCUCCGCCGGAUCCUGGUGACGGAGCUGCUCAGCGCGCGGCGCGUCGAGGCGUUCCGACGGAUCCGCGAGGAGGAGGCGGCGCGCCUGCUCUCGUCGCUUCAGGCUGAGGCGACGUCCGACGGUCGACUCGUCGACAUCGGCCAGCGGCUGGAAGAGUUCGUGACAGACUCGGUAGUGCGUGCCAUCUUUGGGGACAGGCUGCCCGAUAGGGCCACGAUUCUGAGGAUCGUCAAGCAAGGAGUGGACCUGUCAUCGAUUUUUGAUCUUCGAGACCUCUUCCCUUCGUCGUGGCUAGUUCGACUCGUGCGCCGCCGCCGCGGCAAGGCGGAGCGGCAGCGUGAGGAGGUGUUGAACGUUAUGGACAGCAUCCUCAAGAGUCACGAGGAGAGGAGGGCAGCCAGAGAUGGAGAUGACGAGCACGAGCAGGACAUGGUCCAUGCGUUACUCAGGAUCCAAAAAGAUGCCAAUACGCCAGUUUCCCUGACCCACGGAGUCAUAAGGACACUCCUCAUAGAAGUCUUUGGUGCAGCACUUGACACCACAGCUACUACUCUACAAUGGGCGAUGGCUGAACUAAUGGCCAACCCAAGGGUGAUGCGGCGCGUGCAGUCUGAGGUAGAUUGUGCUCUCGCAGGACAGGCUAUAGUACAAGAGGUCGCACUAAAGAGCAUGCAAUACCUCAGGGCAGUUAUUAAAGAGACCUUGCGACUACACCCUCCUGCCACGCUCUUGGCUAGAGUGUGUGUGGGAGACUGCAAGAUUCAAGGAUAUGAUGUAACACGAGGAAUGAUUGUGCUUACCAACACAUGGGCAAUCUGUAGGGACCCCAAGUAUUGGGAUGAGCCGGACAAGUUCAUGCCAGAGAGGUUCGAAGGCGAGGGUGUUCCCGACUUGAGAGGCAUGGACUUCGAGUUCACUCCUUUCGGUGUUGGGCGGCGGAUUUGCCCUGGGAUUGAAUUUGCGUAUGCAAACCUUGAGAUUGCUUUGGCUAGCCUUCUUUACCAUUUUAACUGGGAGCUGCCUCUCGGAGUUGAACCAGGUGAAGUAGACAUGACAGAGGAGUUCGGAGUCACUGCUCGAAGAAAGGUCAACCUAUUUGUGCGUCCAAUUAUUCGUGUUCCCCUUAGAUGA